AUGGGCCUCGGCCGUCGCAAGAAGAGGAAUCGGCCAUCCAGCGGUGCGUCGACACAUGCAAGCAAGGGCACCGAUACACACGCUCAGGCCGAUCCUGUGCUCCACCGUCAUCUCACUGGCUCGGCUGGCCACUCUGGCCAGGAUGCGCACGAGAGUGAUCUCUACGUAGCGCCACCCGCAUUCAGCAGAUUGCAGCUCGCUGCCGCACUGAUCGAAUAUGAUGAAGAGGACGAUAGACAAGUCGACGACCUCAUAGCACCAAGACCUCGAGCGAACCUCUCUGCCCUCUUUCUACCUUUCACAGACGAUGACCCGCUCGCCCAUGUCGAUUUCACAGCCGGCAGGACAUUCGUACGCAAAUCGCAACAGCAUCCUGUCGAGACGCUCUCGCCGGCGAUCUCAGAAGAUGCACUCUCUUUCUCGCCUGCAUCUUCCUCGCCCGAGUCAAGAUGGCACCAGAGUACGCCGGCAAAGCGCGCAACUGCCUUUGCAACGUCGAGUGCCAGUCUCGAGUCAAGAGACGAAGACGAAAGCAUGUCUCAAUGGGGUCUCGACAAGGUCCUGAAUCGUCAUGGUUGCUCCUCAGUGAGCGAGCGGACACCUAGCAAGAUGACCGACACUGCGAGUCCGCUAGAGAUCAGCUUCGAUCGCGGAAGUUCCAGUCCCGGAAACGAGGAAGGUGAUACCACCUUGCGACAGAGUCAAUUCCGAUCUAGGCACGACGGCCUAUUGCCAUUGCCGGGUGAGGAUCACUCUGAGCAUGGCUCGGACAAUUCGCACCAGAGCUUCCUCCCAGCUCUGUCACUGUCGCCAGCAAAAAGCUCGCACGCUAUGCUCUCCCCGUUCUUGCCAGCGCCCAGCGAUGCGGAUCCCUGUCCUUCAGCACAAUCAGUCGACAUCUCUGACGGCAGCUACAUUUCUCGAUUCGAUCCCAAAGCGACCGAGAGGCUCGAACAAGCAAGAAGCAUACGCUUUCCAGGAGCAGUUCGACCUCGCACGAUCGUCUUGCCGGAACUCUUGCAGGACGAUUAUGAUUCCGACGAUCUCGCUCAAGGCUUCGUAGGGAGAGCACCGCGCACGGCUGAAGAGCAAGCUGCUGAAGACUUGGAGGAUGACCUCUCGGUAAAUCCAGAGAAUGGAGCGCCGUCAGCAUCGGCCGUCGCACCUAGACCGCCUGGUAAGCUGUACGGUAGCAGUCUGAUGGAUGAGCUCGACAAACGAAAGGAAGAUCAACGCGCUAAGCAACGCUCUUUCGCCAAUACGGGCGGCCUUGUAUGGACCGCGAGUGGAUGGGUCGAGCGGGCGGAAGAAGAGCUCCAUGACGUCGUUGCGGAAGAUGGCAAGAUCCUUGUGGACUCAGAGCCCUUCAAUCGAUACAGUCGCGCCUUUCGUUCUGCCAAGUCCGACAGCUCGACACAUGAUCACGACAAACGCAUGAGCAUGUUUUCAGCAUACGGUAAUACGGCUGCGCGCAAUAGCAAGCUGCUCGCGAGCGCACCUGAUCCGGUCAUGACGCGCGAAUUGUCCAAGCUCGAUAAGCUGCUGGAGCUCGAGCGCGUAGAGCGAAUCCAGCAAGACAAAGAAGCUGCAGACGAGGAAGCAAGAGUGGCAGCUAGGCUCGCUAAUCGGAAGACAGUUUUCGGUCUUGGCAAGCCAAAGCGACAGACGAUAGUCAUCAACGCCCGCCCUGCCUCGAUCUGCGCACUGCCAAAAUGUGAGGCGAUUCCGCACGCUCGAAUCGACGAGACAGUAGACGAUGGUGACGAAAACUCGCGGAUCGACGAGCUGUUGGAGACGCCCACGCCAGAGCUCAACAUCGACCUCGGCUGCAACCUUGCUAUGAACGACAGCAGUGCCAUCUUGGACCUGUCGGGCACUAUCAUUGAUCAGUCGUUCCGUAUCUCUUCGAAGAACAGUGAAAGCUGGUUCGACGGUCGGUCUGACUCUGAUUCAGACGAUGAGCGGUACGAAGCGGUCAAGCCGAAUGAACAAGACGAUUGUGUCGAAACUUUACAAGAUCUACCUCCCUCCGAUUCGAAAAUUCGUUCGGUGACCAUGCAUUCUGUGGCCUCCAGGGCAUGUCAAUCUCCGCGAGACGACGAGGAAGAUGAACCCAUCUCGAAGCUGAUCAAGAGACGAUCCGAUCUACCACAGAUUCGGCUACCCAACUUUCGCAUGAGUUCAGCUGAUCUUGACCAGUCGUGGCGACGAUCUGGCGGUGCGAAAGCACGCCCGCUCUCUAUCGCGAGCUCGAUCAGUGGCGAUGCUCCCAUCGCGACCAUCCUGGCUCGGCGCAACGAGAGCAUGAAUAAGCUCGCACGAGCUGCCCCGGUCAGCGAAAGGGACGAAGACAUACCCCUCGCACGCCUCAGAUCGAGCAGCACACUGGCUGAAGAAGACGAGGACGUUCCGCUGGCACUACGCGCAGCAGCUCAACUUAGCUCGGACGAGGUACCUUUGGGCAUCGCGAAUCCAGCAGCGGCACGCGAGCAACAGCAGAUCCAGCAGAAGCAGGUCGCGCUAGCUGCUCAGUUGACGUUUCUCCAGAAUAUGCAAGCAAACGUGAUGCGUCAGAGCAUGCUCAUCAGUCAGUCGCAUCGCUUCUCGGGGGCAUUUGCGCCGUCGCCACUUGUGCCGUCAGCGCACGAUGACAUCGCGCUCGAGUCUGUCAGUCGAUGGCUGCGAGUGCGGAUCUACCGCACACGCGGGUCGGCAAAGAGUGUGAAGAGUCGUGAAGGAGGCCAUCUAGAUGCGAAGUUGACCUUCUCCCAGCGAGUCUAA